UCGGUCUUCACUUUCGCUUAAAGCGGACUUGUUUCUGCUCGGCUCGCAUCGGUUCAGCUGUCGUUUCGGCUGUCUUCGAUCUUAACAUUGUUUUUUUGUUGUUAACAAAGGCAGCAUUUUCAGUGACACAAAUUUAGAAAUUUCUUGGUAUUUUGCCUAAAAAGUGCGAACAAUGAAUUCUUUUAUUUCAUUUCUAGCAUGUUUCGCUAUGGCAAUUUUUCUGGCUCCCUCCCUCGGCUGGGCAGCUGAAAAGUCGGCUGAAAAGUCACCUGAAUCUAAAAAUGAUGAUGAAAUCAAAAUUUAUAAACGUCUAAUUCCCGCUGAUGUUCUUCGAGAUUUCCCGGGCAUGUGUUUCGCUUCAACUCGCUGUGCUACAGUGGAGCCCGGCAAAGCUUGGGAAUUGACACCAUUUUGCGGUCGCUCAACUUGUGUCCAAAAUGAGGAGAAUCCAGAGAAACUGCUGGAACUUGUCGAGGAUUGCGGUCCCUUGCCAUUGUCAUUGUCAAAUGAUAAGUGUAAGCUAGAUACCGAAAAGACAAAUAAGACGGCUCCGUUUCCCUUCUGUUGUCCUAUUUUCACAUGCGAGCCAGGGGUUAAAUUGGAAUAUCCCGAGGUAGAAAAGGAAGGCGACAAGAAGAACUAGGAAGCGUUGGACAUCAUUCUUUUUUGUUAUAUCGGCAAUUGUUUGCACCUAAGCACGUUUUUUAAUUCUCGCAUAGUAAGCUAAUUAAUAAAAAUGUUCACUGUCUCUUUGUAUU